GAACUUGAUUCGUGACUCCUUCAACUUAAAUUAUAAUGACUACUAUGGCAGGAUUAAAAAGUCACGAUUCUAUUCUUUCAAAGUUGGACACUUUCAAGCGUAAGAGAAAAGCUCGCCUGGAAGUUGAAGAACUCAAUAAAGAAAGUCGUCAAGCCAUCGAAAUGGCAGUUAGUGCUUUAACAACUGACGACCCCAAACAAUAUCAAUUAGAAGAAGGACAAGAGCGUUCUUUUAUUGAGAAGUCGUCCCAAAAUUCUGAAAGUGUUAAGAAUUUAGUGGACAAAUUAUUGACGUGGAUUAACAACGAACUAUCAGAACAUCGAAUUCUCGUGAGAGAUAUUCAAGAAGACUUAUAUGACGGUCAACUUCUGCAAAAGUUAGUUGAAAAACUAGCGAAGAUAAAGCUAGAUCAUCCUGAGUUAACGCUGUCUGAAAUUGGACAGCUUCAACGCUUGCGUGGUGUAUUACAAACUGUCAACGAAGUACUUCAUGUAUCAGAAAGUUGGGCCAGUCAACGAUGGACUGCCGAACGUAUUCAUCAGAAAGACUUGGUUGCUAUUCUGCGCCUACUAGUUGCUAUUGCUCGUCAAUUUAAACCAGAAAUGCGUUUUCAAGCAGGUAUUUUUCUUACCGUCAUAAUCGCUCGCAAAUUAAAUGGUAAAUUGGAGUAUCGUUACGAAAGGGAAUACAUCACUGAAGUCACAGAAACAUUGCCCGCUGGCAGUCCUUUUGACGCCAUAUCAGAACAUCAUAUGGUUUUGCAAGCAGUUCUUACUUUUAUCAAUACACAUUUGGGACAAGUUGGCCUUCAUGUUAAUGAUCUCUCCAAAGAUUUUAGAGAUGGUGUCUUACUUAUCCUAUUAAUGGGUCUUAUUGAUGGCUAUUUUGUACCAUUUCAUGCAUAUCAUCCAACACCAACAACAGAAGAAUUGUGUACAUCAAAUGUUAAACUAGCCUUUGAACUUAUUCAAGCAGCUGGUAUGGUUGAACCUCCAGCAAAACCUGAAGAAAUUGUUGCAGGCGAUAGCAGUGCUGUAUUACGCGUGUUGUAUGGCAUCUACUCAUAUUGUGCACAUAUGGAGGAUGAACAACGUCGGUAUGAAAUAAAUAAUAUUCGAGAACAAGGUGAGAUGGAUGGAUAUUACGGUAAUAACCAGGAACCUUCUGUACAACAUGGUGUAAUUAAUUUAUCGUAAAGUAUACGUAACUGUGAUAUGUCUCUGCUGUUUUCUGUGAUGCUAACAUUUUAAAAAUUACCGUUGAAUAAUAUGCGUUACCACUGGAGUGACUUACUUUUAAUAAAUAACAGGUUAUCGUUUGAUAUUCUUUAGUUACUUUCUUUUUAGAGAUGAUAAACAAUGAAAUGAAUUUGUAUGUAAGUACUUCAUUAUAUUAUUUCUCUCUCUCCUCUGCGAAUAUACGCUCUUCAGCCUGACAUUUUUUACACCAUUAAACGUUGUGAUAUCAGUUUUGUAGUUUUCUAUAUUAUUUUUUUGAGGUUAAUUGUUUUACUUUCCUAAAUAUCGAUGUUAGUGUGAAUUUCUAGGUACGAUAAUAAAAGCAAUAACUUUGAAAAGAUUCGUUUAUGAUUAUGUUCCUUUUAGUUAACUGGUAGUGUAGUUUAUCACUUUUCUCCGCGCUAUGUAGUUUCGUCGUAUAUUGUAUAAUUUUUCUGCGCCCGUGGGUUUUAUCUCACUGAAUGUGUUCAUUACUACUAAAUAGAAUGGGUUUUUGUCUUUU